AAACAGCAUGAGUCGUGAAAGCGAUGACAACUUGAGUUCAAUAAAUUCAACGUACACAGAUUUGUACCAAGAAACAGUGAAACGUUUUACACGUUCCUCGCUAUCACCAGAGAUGGAUCGAUUCUCGCCGUCGCGUAUGUCUACGAAAUCAGCAUCUACAUCCCAGAAAUCUUACGAUCUGUAUCUCGAAGCCACCGGUCGCAGACGCAGCUCAGAUCACGGCGCUAUCUUAACAGCUGAUACCGAACAAUUUAUAAUCGGUCAGAAGGUUUGGGUCGGUGGCAUACGUCCAGGACAAAUAGCAUAUAUUGGUGAAACACAUUUCGCACCUGGUGAUUGGGCAGGUGUUGUUUUGGAUGAACCAAAUGGUAAAAAUGAUGGCUGCGUUGCUGGUAAACGCUAUUUCCAAUGUGAACCGAAACGUGGUAUAUUUUCACGUUUAACACGUCUCACACUUGUACCAUUAGCUAGCGCUUGCGUUACCCCAACUUCGCCUUUGUCCAAAAACUCACCAGAACGUUCACGUACAGUUUCACCAACUGCUAGCAUUCGCAGCUCACUUCUGCGUAGCCCAAGCAAAAACGGACUUACCGUUGGUGAUCGUGUAAUAGUCUCAUCUGGAUUUGGUAGUCGCCCUGGUAUUCUACGUUACUUGGGUGAAACUCAAUUUGCUCAAGGAAACUGGUGCGGUAUUGAAUUAGAUGAACCCACUGGCAAAAAUGAUGGCUCCGUUGAUGGUAUCAGAUACUUUGAAUGUAAACCUAAAUAUGGUAUUUUUGUGACAAUAGCAAAGGUUUCAUUAUCGCCUUCAUCGAAAAAAACGCGUCUUUCUAGAGCUGGCUCUCGCGAAUCUCUAACAUCCAUUGGAACAAUGAAUAGCAUUGCCACAACGAAUACUUCGCGUAUGCGAAUGAAUGCUCAGCGCAAAUCGCCGUCAAUUAAGCCAAUUUCAACGCCAAAAAGUCAAUUUUCCAUGCAGGAUUUGCUACGCGAAAAACAUAAUCACAUUGAGCAAUUGCUGAUCGAACGAGAAUUAGAUCGAGAAGAGGCACAGAAUCAGGCGCUUCAAUUUCAAAAGAAUAUAAACGAGUUAAACUUAAAAAUAAACCAACUGCAACUCCAAUUGGAAGAUGAACGUAAGAAAAGUGAAGAAUUGCAAUUCUCUAUACAUGAAGCACAAUGCUAUGGAGAUGAGUUAAAUGCUGAAACUCAAGUUUACAAAGAAAAAAUUUCUACACUGGAAAAUAAACUGGGAACAUUGAAAUCUGAUGUUGAAAAGACAGAUGAGAGCAAAGAUUUGGAUCAAGAAAGUGCUGCAAAUGAAAAACGAAAUGAAGAAACACGUUUAUUAGAGAAACUCAAGUACCUCGAAAAUGAAAUUCAAACUUUACAAAAUGAGCUUUUGGCAAAAGAUGAAAGUUUAGAGAAAUUUUCGCUUUCGCAAUGUGGUAUCGAAAAUCUACGACAAGAACUGACUUUACUUAAAGAAGAAAAUGAGAAAGAACGACAAUCCGCCUCCUUAGACCUCGCAAAGAAAAUGGAAGAAAAGAACACAGAGCUGCAACAAUUACGAGAAGAGCUAUCCACAUACGUUAAUAAAUGUAACCAACUUGAGAGUAAUCGUGCACUCAUUGAUGAUGAACGUGAAGACUCGAUGGCCAAAUAUAAUACUCAGCAAAUCGAAUUGCAAGAGAUGAAGGAAGAAUUGCUGAAACUAAGAGCUGAUUUGAGUAUUAAAACCGCAGAGAGCGCUACGCUAGAUGAACUACUUAAAGUAGAACAAGAAAAUUAUACUGAAGUCAAUGCCAAACUGUUGCAGCAAACAGAGGAGCAUGCGAAAUUACAAGCAGUGACCGAUGAACUUCAAAAUGCAAAGUGUGGUUUUGAGGAAAAACUUGAACAUGCCAGAAUUGAAAUGCAGAAGCUUUCUUUAAUGCAAGAAAGUGCCGGAGCUGCUGCAUCAAGUAUUGAGAGUGAGAAACUGGAGCUGUCAAAACAACUUCAAGCUGCACUGAAAGAGCUAGAUAUGAAAAAUCUUGAAUAUAAUAAAUUAAGCGAAGAAUGCAGUGACUUAAAAGAAGCAAAUGAAAAUCAAAAAUCGAAUGAAAUUGCUUUACGGGGUGAAUUGACAACAAAAAAUGAACAAAAUGCUGAAAUAAGUAAGGAGUUACAUUCAGCUACAGAAUUGGUUUCCAAGUUACAAGUUGAUAUUGUAGAGUUAAAAAAACAAAAUGAAAUAUCAAUCGAAACAAAAGCGCAAGUGAUUGAAAGCAUUAAAUCUGCAAAAAAUGAUUUGGAACGUCAAGUCAAGGAGUUAGAAAACACCGCGAGUACAAAUGAAAAUGCUUUGACAACCACAAACAAGGACUUAUCAAGUCAAAUAGAAAAAUUGCAGAAGGCAUUGCAUAAUUGCCAGAUUGAACUUGAAGCAGAACGCGAUAAAAACGUCAAACAAGAAGCAAUCACAGCUGCUAAAAUUGAUGAACUAAAAUCCACAGUUGCCACCUUAGACACAACGAAUAGUUGGCUUCAAAAACUCACACAGGAACAUGAAAACACUGUUGAACGCUCUCAAGAACUGGAGGUGCAACUAAAGAAUAGCGAACAGAAGUGUGGACAACAGGAACUCAAUAUAGGUGAUCUUUCACGUAAGUUGGAAGCACUGAAUACGAAAUGUGACAGCCUCACCUCUCAGAAUGAAAUCCUGCAGAAUGAUAUAUUAUCAGCACGAACAAUAGGUUCAGAAACACAAACUGCGAUGCAAAAACUGAUCGAUGAGUUAAAUGCGCUCAAACAGACACACGCAGAUUUGCAAGCUGCCAACCAAACUGAAAGUUUGCAAGCAGCAAAUCAAAUUGAAGAACUACUGCAAAAACUUAAAAACUCUGCGAAAGAUAUAGAAGAGCUUAAAUCCCAAAAUCAGAAGACGAAAGAAGAACUAACUAAAAAACAUGAACAGUCUACAGCGUUUGAAGAACAAGUGAUAAAACACGAACUUUCAUUAAGUGAAGCCAGUAGGCAGCACGAAAACCUACAACAAAAACUUAAUACAGCUGUAGCACAAAACGAAUCAUUACAGAAUGACUUGAUGGCUCUACGUAGUUCCUCCACUGACUCUAAUGCCGAGCUGCUGAAACUCACACAAACUGCAGCCGAAAAGCAAAGUGCAUACGAAAUGCUUGUCGAUAAAACCAACAAUGAACGUUCCACGCUAGAGGGUCAACUUCAGUCUAGUCAGCAUCGUAUAGACACACUCUGUAAUCAAAUUGAGGCUCUAACACUAGAGUUAAAAUCGACAGCGGAAGAAAAUUUCAAACGUACAGAAUCACUCAAAACCGUACAAGAGAAACACGAGGCCCUUGCAUUGGAAUUUAGUGCUUCGACUAGAGAAUUAGAUAUGGUAAAGUCUAAAUGCGAAAGCUUGACAAAUCAAAACUCAUUACUGCAAAAGGACUUAGAAGCAUUACGCUUAACCUCUACAGAUGCGAAUGGAGAGGUACUUAAACUUACUGAAGAAUUAAACAGCAAACAAAAAGCUAUACAAAUACUCAACGAUGAUACUAGUGCUACACAAUUAAAACUCCAGAAUCAGAUACAGGAACUUACACAAUCCCUUGAUACUAACCAGGGUGAAACACAAAACCUGCGUAAUGAACUAGAAACAGCUUUAGAACUGAGUAAAAAACAAGAAGCAGAAUAUUUAAGUUUGAAAGCGGCAAUCCAGGAAUUGGAGACUGUAAGCACAAAUAGUGCUACCGAAAAGACACAAGUUAUUAUAGACUUGGAGCAACAACUCAAACAAGCAGAGCAAACCAAGCUAACGUUAAAUGAUGCAAUUUCCAGCUUACAAAACCAAAUUAAGCUGCUGCAAGAUGAGAUUCUGAAAUCACAAUUAGCGUUCAAGUCCAGGGAAGAGGAGCUAUUAGGAAAAGUUAAUUCCACCAAUAAUGAUAGUAAUCAAUUACAAAAGAAAUUAUCUCAAUUAGAAACUGAAUCUGAUAGCAAAUUAACAAUAUUGCAAAAUGAACAACAGGAACUUUUGCAGAAGGUGGAACAACUGACAACGCAGUUGAAAGAAAAAGACGAUCAAGUACAACAACAUAAUACCGAGUCCGCCCAACUUAAGAUUUCCCAAUCAAACAACACAGAAGAACUGAGAAAACUUGAAUCCGAAAUCGAGUCAUUAACAGAAAAAUUGACUCUAGCAAACGAUGAAGUUGUUUAUCGCACAGAGAUAACUGAAGCAGAUAAGCUUAAAAUUGAAGAAUUGAAAGGCAUGGUAGAAGCGAUUCAAGAAGCCAAUGCCGGCAUAUCAGCUACCAAUCGAGACCUCUGCAACGCUCUACAACUUAUGGAAAUGGAAAAGUGUGAAAUAGCUAAUAUAUUUGAAAUUUUUGAAAUUGAGACAGAUAAAACCAAUGAGCAUUUGAGUGGCAAAGUUUCAGGUCUGUUGCAGCAAUUAACCGAAGCGCAAAAACAAGUAACUGAUCGAGAUGAGAUUUUAGAGAACAAUAAAAAAAUGUUCCAAGCCACUGAACUUGAAAGGAAAGCUUUAAUACUUUCCGUAAGUGAAAGUCAAGCCAAAAUCCUAGAACAUGAAACUACAGUUAAAGAAAAAGAACAACUUAUAUCGACAUUAAAAGCGCAAAUAUUAGAACAAACCGAAAAGCUAAUAAAGCAUGAAGAGGUCGAACAGCAAUUGGAAGAAUAUAAGAAAGUCAUGGACGAACUCGACGACGAAAGUACGAAUUCCACCGCGAAGAUAACAGAAAUGCAAACUCAAUUGAAAAAUCUUCAAGCGGAAAAAAUUGCUUUCACUGAACGCGAAAAGAACCUAAACAUGGAAUAUAAAACUCUCGAACGUAAAAUCGAUGUUAUAGAAGCAGAGAAAGUUAAAGAAAUAAAUGCUCUGAAGGUACGCAUUAAUGACUUGCAAUCGAUUCGGCAGUUGAAGCAAAAUGGCGACAUGGAAAAUAUGACAACAGAGAGUGAUAACCUUGAAGGCAGCACUGCCCAAAUUAACUUCCUAAAUUCUAUAAUUGCAGACAUGCAGAAGAAAAACGAUACCUUAAAGGCCAAAAUUGAAGCUCUAGAAAAAUUGCCAACAGAUUUUAUGCAACCUAAUGCCUUCGAUUUGUUUACUAAACGCAAGCCGACACCACGUAAAUUUUGUGACAUUUGCGAUGAGUUCGAUAAACAUGAAACGGAAGACUGUCCAAUGCAAGCAGAUGAACGUGAUUCGCCUACGCCUAUUUCGGAAGCAAAUAAUAAUGAUCCUGCGAAAAAGGAACGAAAAUUACCAGAGCCACGAAAAUAUUGUGAUGCUUGUGAAGUUUUUGGACACGAAACUGGUGAAUGCGUUGAUGAUGAAUGUUACUAAACUACUUGAAAUUUUUGUUUGAUAGCGUUCAAAUUUGUUAUUUGUUAUUAAUUUUAUAUAAACUUAACUUUAUUUCAUAGUAACUUGCCGCGUAUGUGAUCAGGUCUAAGGAACUUUGUUAUAUGUUAUUAUCGAAUUCCCUAUUUUUUUGAACUUAUAUUUAAGCAUAAAUACAUAAAUACAUAAUGUAAAUUCACUUCAGCUAUUAAAGUGAAGUUAGGCGAAAUUUUAUUUAUUAAUUUUAAAUUGUAAUUAAAUUGCGUUGUGAACUUUAUUCUUAUGUAUUAUUGAAAUAAAAUUGAAUUUAACUAUUUUGAGAUGUACUUUACCUAAAUAUAAUUCAAAACCUAUUAUA